ACAUUAAAUCUGGUCAUUGUUUAGAGGCUAUUUCUAUGUACCUAAUUAGGACGAAUGUUAGUUAUAACAUUACUAGUUAGAACAAGUAAUCCAGUCUUUAUAUUUAUUAUCUAGAAGUAAGGCUAUUCGAUAAGGUAUAACUUACUUCGCAAUCACCCAUAACACGUCAAUCUUAAGCAAAAGUAUCUAUUCGAAUUUUAUUAGUCGCGACCUUGUAGCCUAUGGUGCCAGGGACCUAAUCGGGCACAUAUUUCGCGAGGCCCUCUGACGGGGUUAUUUCCAAAUGGCCUUUUCUUAGUUGCGACUGUCAUCGAUCGAUCGAUUGUGUCUUCUCCUCACAAUUAGUGGCUCCGAUGAAGCCAUCGGACUGGCUCGGUUCUGGCAAGAAUAUAUUUAACUCGCAAUAGAACGUUGUAGAUUUGCCAUCGACACGCAAAGAAGAAGAAGUUACGCCUCUCGCUUUUUCAUCGCAAUGUUCUGCUCCUGCGCCGCGUAUGAUGACGAGAAUGCUGAUGCCCAACGCCGCAUAAUAGCAUGUACAUCUCCAAAUCUUCUUCUACUGGACCUGGGCAUGGCAAUCACCUUCGCCAUCAUCGCCAUGCCGGAUCUUCUAAACGCGGCAGAGGGAUUGUCGCUCAAUGAUGAACAGGCUUCGUGGUUUGGUAGCAUAUCAUUCUUGGCGCAGCCAUUCGGCGCAGUCUUCUCAGGUCCGCUGGUGGACUUCUUUGGCAGAAAGAAGGCCAACUUCCUCGCCAAUAUUCCUCAUCUUAUAUCAUGGACACUGCUUUAUAAUGCCACAAACAUACCCACACUUUUUGUGGCGUCAGCGUUGUUGGGUUUAGGCACUGGUGUCAUGGAGGCGCCAAUAAACGCGUACGUGGGAGAAAUCACAGAGCCGACUACAAGAGGAGCAUUGUGUACUCUCACCCAGCUGUUCACAUCGGCUGGAGUAUUAUUGAUGUACUUCCUCGGGACAGUCGUCCAUUGGCGGACGGCGGCCUUGAUCUGUCUGUCUGCUCCUAUCGCGUCCAUGCUGUGUGUUCUGCUGGUUCCAGAAACUCCCGUGUGGCUUCUAUCCCGCGGCAGGGAGAAGGAAGCCAUGAAAUCGUUGCGCUACCUCCGCGGCUGGACCGAUACGGACGCCGUCCGCGAAGAGUUCGACAAGCUGGUGGUGUACACCAAGAAUCUCGAGCGGUGUGUCAUCUGCUGCAACACUCCAGGUCUGGAUGCACUGAACUGCGAGCACCAUAAUAUGAAUCCUAUAAAACGGAAAAUACUUAAGUUCAGAUACGUUAUGCUAUGCAAAGAGACAAUCAGGCCGCUGAUGCUGACAAUAAUGUACUUCUCCUUCCACAUUCUGAGCGGGUACGCUGCGCUCAGGCCCAACCUGGUGAACGUUUGUGGCGCCUUAGGCAUGCCUGGCACCAGAAAUAAUAUCAUGAUUAUUGUAGGUGUGAUAACCUUCGUGGCAGCUUUGGCUACGGUACCUAUCGUCAAGAUAGCAGGGAAGAGAAAACUAUCCAUAACGGCUAUGCUUGGUUGUGCUAUUAGUACUACAGGACUAGCUAUAUAUGCAAGGGCUAAUCUGGAUCCUUCAGUAUCUUCGUACGAUUCCAGUACCUUCCCAACCGAAAUCAGUCAUGUACCUGAAGUGCUGUUCUUUCUGUUGGUAAUAUUUAAUGGACUCGGUAUUCCUUGGGUGUUACUUGGGGAAGUAUUUCCAUUCAGGAGCCGUACAACUUCGCAGGGCAUAGCUGCAGCUGCCAAUUACGUCAUAAACUUCCUCGCCGCAAAGACCUUCAUUGACUUGGAGAGUGGCCUGGGCUUGUGGGGAGCCCUGGUCGUCUACUCCAUGUUCGGUUACUUGGGCUUCUUAUACCUAUACUUCUUCCUUCCUGAGACUGAAGGCAAAACGCUGAUGGAAAUUGAAUCUUAUUACAAUGGAAAAAUGAGGACUUUCGCUGAUGAUCCGUUCAUUAGAUUGUUCAGAAAAUCUGACUGAUUUGUAAAUAUUUGUUGAGAAGUUAUAUAUUACGAUUUGCAUUUAUGUUAUAUUAGGGAUCAGACUGUUGACUUAUUUUCACUCCUUACUAUGUUAUUAACAUAACAUAAUGCUGUUACUUUUAUUUAUUUUCUUUUCUUAUCAAUAGCAUUUAUUUUGAUGCUUUAUUUACUUAUCAUCAUCUAUUUCUCAAUUGUUUUUUAUUUGUCCAAAAUUUAUCAAGGCUUUAUGUACUAUAUGUAUAAUGGAUGAUGAUGCCUUUUGUAAUAAUAUUUCAGAAUAUACCUAGGUACUUACGAUGAUUGUUAUCUCCUUGAAAAACAAGUCUUAUAAAUAUAAGUUAUUUUAAUAUAAUUAGAUAUAAGUAUUUAUUAAACCAUUUGUACAAUCACAAUUUCAAUGAACAAUGAUGUACGAGUAUUUUA